AAACAAUGGAUUUAAAUAAUAUUGAGAGUUGGAGCUCGCAGCCCGACGUGUGUCGGUGCUGCCUGUCUGCAAAUGGGACGUGGGACAUCACCGCGUCUUACAUCACGGAGGCCGGAAGCAAAGAGGUUUAUCAUGAUAUGUUACAAGAAUGCUUCGGGAUAUCGAUGUCAUACCUAACAGAGUGGGGCCCGAGUAGGAUGGUGUGUGACCUCUGUGUGGGGCACUUGAGAGAUGCUUGCAUCUUCCGCAGGCAGGUGGAGGAGGCAGAGCGGCACUUUGUGGCUUAUUGUAGCAGUAGAAAAGAUAUGUUCAACCCGGUUACAAUAAAGACUGAAUCAGAAGAUGACGCGACAAGUCCACAUUGCAAUGACAGUUUUGAGGAAAUCAGUCAAGAAAUCAACUCACAUGAGAACGAACUUCGACCGAAAAGAAAGAGACAAAAAAUGUCAUUGAAAGGUAAACGAAAGAGAAAGGUGAUAAGCAAAGAAGAAACAGAUUCUGACACUCCCAUAGCUGAGUUGUCGAAGAAAAAUGUGCCUAAAGUUGAAGACGAUAAGGUUGAAAUUGAAGUAAAUGGAUGUUCUAGAGUGAGCGAGAUGGGAGAUAAUGAAAAUUGUGCUAUUAAUGUUGGUUCACUUCAAACGAAAACCCGAAACGAAGCCAAACAAAUAUCGGAAAGGAAACGAGUGAUGCUUACAUGUGACAUCGUACUUAGAGGCACGAACGCAUGCCCCUUUAGACACCACAAGAGCUGGUUCCAAUGCUUCUUCUGCCAACAAGACUUCAUGGAGAUCAACCUCCUUAGAGACCACAUGCUGGCAACCCAUACGGACAUAGACGUGGAAAUAAAAAAAAUAAAACGUUACCCGCGCUCUUUGCAAAUCGAAAUUUCAAAUCUCGAAUGCCGCCAAUGUCAGUUGAGUUUGACAGAUGUCAUUUCGAUGUGCCGCCAUUUUGUCGAUGUGCAUGAAAAGGUGAUUUACAAUGAGUGUAUAGCUGAUUAUAAAGUUAAUGGUAGUCCUUAUACUUGUCAUUUGUGUGGACAACAGUUUCACGUUUUUAGAACUUUAACGACACAUUUAAAUGAGCAUUACGCGAACUGUAUAUGCGAUGUUUGCGGCAAAUCAUUUUUAAACUCGAAACGGUUAAAAGUUCACAAACGUACGCAUGAAAACGGCGACUUUCCUUGCUCGGAAUGCGGUAAAGUGCUUAAAACUAAAACGUCUAAAGCGAAUCAUAUGGAAAGCGCACAUUCUAACCGCAUAAUUAAGUGUCAAAUAUGUUUUAAACCAAUGAAACACUAUAAUGACAGGAUAAAACACAUGUCGGAGGCUCAUAAUAUUACUCAUAAGUUUAAAUGUCAUAUUUGCAGUCGGGAGUACAAUAUAAAGCAUUAUUUAGCUACACAUAUACGCCAAACGCACGGACAGAAGGACAAAAGUUGUUCUGAAUGUGGUAUGGCGUUUAUAACCAAUCAUGGUUUGAAAAAACAUAUGUUGAAACAUAGCGGGGUGAAGCCAUACAGUUGUACCGUGUGUUGCAAGUCUUACGCAAGGAGUUAUACCCUUAGGGAACAUAUGAGAGCUCAUGAGAGUGAGAAAGUGUGUUAGUGCGUAAGGGCAUCGCACGCAACGGAUUUUAGUUUGUCUUGUAUAGAAACUCAUACAACUGCGUCCACUGAUCCGCAUCGUACGGACCGCAUCAUCGGCAAUGCCUACAUGCGAUGCGUGGUGAUGACGUCAUACGGAAUGCGUGCGAUGCGUACGACGCGGGCCUUUGGA